AUGGAGGAGGGGCUCUGCUUGCCGAUGGUUCCUCAUUGUGUCCAAAAGGUAAGGUACCUUCAGUCCUGCCCACCUGCCCACCUGUCUGAGAACUCGAGACAGAGAUGGACCCAGCCUGCGGUACUUACACCUUCCCAACUUUCUUUCCUCCGAAAUCCAAACUCCAACCUCCUCCUUCCUGCAGCUGCAGGUGUGGAAAGUCACACCUUACAGGCAGGCGGAGACAAACCGGACCCUUGGUCUCCUUCCACAGUACUCCGUUCUGGCAUUUGGGACAUGGAAUGA